CCCGACCCACACCCACACCCACACUUUGCUUGAACAAUGACUAUUCGAGAAAUAAUCUAGAGAAAAAGACAAACAAAAAUGUACAAGUUCACUCUGUUCAACUGUGUCGAUUAUGUAUAGCUGUACACGCGAAGCAAAACGGAGAAUGAAUGGUUAGCAAUCUGACUACGACACAUUCUGAUUGCGACACAUUUUCGUAGUGGAAUGUGCGACACUAUCGCGAACGACACAUUAGUGCGACAUAUUUUAUUUUCGAGUGCGAUCGCUUCUAGAAACCUCGAACACGAUCCUUACCGGAAUCCAAAUGGACAAGAUAACUGUCAGAACUAAUACAUAUACUACAUCCUCCACCAAAAUCGAGAAAAACAAGAAUCGUAGGAACAGAAAACCCCAUCUUACACAAACUUAUCUACACAAGAAUAAAGCCCACCGUUCAUCCCUAAAACGAAAAUCCCCUCCUCCAUAGAAACAAAGAAAAAUCACUCCGUACUCAAACUUCUGUGAUACAGCAGUGUCUGUACCUAUGGGCAGCACAUACCGUGUCAUUGCAAAAUCGUAGCAAGAAUCAUUAUACCAAAAGAAAACUUCUAAACUUACUAAACAAUACUUUAAUUUUUAGUGGAUAACGCGACGACAUCCAAAACGAAUCCCGAAAUGCAAAGCGUCGUUAUCUUGAUGCUGUUGCUCAUCUUGCUAAUGCUCAUCGUCAUGAUGAUGAUCUUGCUGAUCGUCAUCUUGAUCUUUUUCGUCUUCGUCAUCGUGAUGGCAAUAAACGUUUUGGUGCUGAUGAUCGUGAUUUUCUUUAUGAUCGUGAUGGUGAAUUUGUUAAGAUUCUCUAG